AUGCGCGUCACUUCCGGAUCCUGGCGCGGGAUGGCUGGCGGGCGCGGACGGGUCUCCCGGAGCCGGCGGGGGCCCAUGGCGGCUGGGAGGGGGGCGCUGGGGCUCCGCGCCCCCGAGGAGGCGGUGAACCGCUGGGUGCUGCAGUUCUACUUCCACCAGGCCGUGGGGGCCUAUCGGGCCCGUCGGAACCGGGACUUCCGCGAGUUCCGCGACGUGAUGCAGGCUCUGCUGCUGCGGCCCCUGGUUAAGGAGCCUGCAAUCUCCCGGCUGCUCCGGAUUAUGCAGUUUCUUUCAAGAAUUGAGGAAGGAGAGAACCUAGAUUGCACCUUUGAUACAGAGUCAGAGCUCACUCCUCUUGAAUCUGCAAUCGGUGUGCUGGAGCUGAUUGAGAGAGAAUUUCCUGUGUCUGAGGUGGCAAUGGAAUCUGUUAGAAAAAUGGUGAAGCAAGCUGCUGUUAUCAUUUGUAUUAAAAAGAGAGAGUUUGAUAAAGCCUCAAAAAUUCUGAAAAAAAACAUGGCAAAGGAUCCCAGCACCCAGAAACUGAGGACAGAGUUGCUCAGCAUUAUCCGUGAGAAGAAUUUGUCUCAUACGAUGAUCCGAAAUUUUUCCUACAAGACUUUUCAGCAGAGUGCGUUCCAGUUCUUGGAGACCUACCUGGAGGAUUCAGAGCCCUUUCUCUUGACCAUGGCGAAAAAGACUUUGAAUUCAGAAUAUAUUGAUGAAACUAAGAAGCUGGCAUUAGUUCCAGAGCCUGUGGAAGUAGUGGCGCCAAAGCCUGUGGAAGUAGCUAAGCAGCCACCAGCGGUCGCUCCAGACAGUGUGGAAGUAGCUAACCAGCCACCUGCGGCGGCUCCAGACAGUGUGGAAGUAGCUAAGCAGCCACCAGCGGCGGCUCCAGACAGUGUGGAAGUAGCUAAGCAGCCACCAGUGGUCGCUCCAGACAGUGUGGAAAUGUCUUCAAAUGACUUUGAGAGACUCAAGAGGCAGAGAGAAGAGGAGAAUCCACCCUUGGAGACCUCUGAGACCUCAGACAUCCCUAAAUCCCCUCCAAAGAGUAAACGCUUGUUCACGAUAAGCAGAUUGAUUAUGGAGCAGGACAGCCAGAGCACUGACUUGAGUGAGACCCCAGACUCCUCCCAGGAGCCAGUGGUAUCGUCUGCAUUCAGGACUCGUGUUCAAAAGCCAGAUGUUCAGCGUGUAUCUUCCAGAAGUCCCAAGCCACUGAAAGCAAGAUGGAACACCUCGAAUGGGCAAGAAGAAAAGGACACAUGGAGUGAGGAAGAUGAGCUCUUCGUGGACAAGAAGUCCCCUGGGAGAAAUAGCCACAGCUCUUCAAUCCUCGGUUCCAAGAAGCAGAGGUGGACAGUACAGGAAAGCGAGUGGAUCAGAGAAGGAGUGAAGAAGUUUGGAGAAGGGAACUGGAAAAUCAUUUGCAAAAAAUUCCCCUUUGAGAACCGCACCUCGGUGAUGAUUAAGGAUCGCUGGCGGACCAUGAAAAAGCUGGGACUCCACUGAAAACAGCAGUUGAGGAACUCUUAGAGUGACACUUGCUCUCAUUUCUCUCCAAAAGAUGGACCAAAGCAACAACUGCCAUGGGAGGAAGCUUGUAGUCCCCUUCCUAGCAAUGUGAUAGGAAUGAUGUGAAGACUUGUUAUGGCUGCUUGGGAGAGCUGAAUGCUACAGCUGGAAGAAGCAAAGUUUAACUAGAGCUUGGGAAACCUUCCUAGUUCUUGUAUUUAGCUGGAGUCACUAAAUUUAGGUCUUUGUCUGUCAACAGAAGCAACACAGCCUGAGUAACUAUGGAAAUAGUCUAGUAAAAGUGCUACAAUGCCGACAUUUUGUGUAUGUUCAGAAACAGCGAGGACUCUGGCAGCCUUUGCCCUAUGAGCAUUCGAGCUGGAACCUGAGUGGCCUGUAGCUGGGUCGCAGCUUUCUCUACUCAGAUGCUGGUUGAAUGGCAGGAUAAUCCUGUCACCGACUGGUUUAUCUAUAUUCAUUUUCUUAAACCGAUUGUGAAUCACUUGGCUGAUCGGCUUUCUCCAUCUGCCCCUCCCAGAGGGGAAAGCAGCAGUGUAGGCUGAGCUGUUGCUGAGUUGCACCGGCAGAAGUCUGGUUUCUUGGCAAGGGGACUGGCGUUUGUUUCCACAUUUCUCUGCUGUGUACAUUUUUAUAUUGAGUGGGGAUUUCUUCCUCCACAUUUUUUUGAUGCUUUAAAAUAGAUGUUUUGUUUUGUCUUUGUGCUCAUUAGUUUCUAGAGUGUUUGGAGCCAGAUGUCAUCAAGUUAAAAGUUAGUGUUCAGUUGGUUUGACUUGCCUCCUUCUUCGUAAAAUUCCCUUCCUUGUGUCUGUUUCCUGGAGUAGUGCAUUAUCUCUGAAAGGUCUCUGGGGAUCUCUGGCAGGCCCCAGACAUGCCUUGCCUUCUAAUGCCAAGUCCGAUCCCAUGUCUGAACCCAUCAUGUAAAAUAAAGCAGUUCCUGUGUUGGAUAUAACAAUUGC